AUGGCCUCCUCAUCCUCAUCCCCCACAUCCUAUUUGACCCGAUCCAAAUCCACGUCUAUCUCCUCAGCAGAAGCUUCCUCCUCUACUCCACCCGAUGUCGUCUCCCCUCCAGAGGUGAAGAAGAAGAAAUUGGUUGGAUGGCAACAUUCAGCAGCAGGAAGUGUAGGAGGAAUGGCAGGAGCGAUCGUCACUUCUCCUUUCGACGUAGUGAAAACCCGUCUUCAAUCUGAUCUAUUCAGACAUACAGCUUCCGAACCUAUCAAAAGAGCUAUAACUACUACUCAGAAAGAUGCCGCUAGAUCUGGAGUGAGGGGGACAUUAUAUCAGUUUGUAGAUACUGUUUAUCUGAUUAGACGUAUAGGUGUAGAGGAAGGUUGGAAAGCGUUGUAUAAAGGUUUAGGACCAAGUCUGGUGGGAAUCAUACCGGCUAGAGCGAUAAACUUCUAUUUUUACCCUACUUCCAAAGCAUACCUUGCUAAACAGUUCCCUAACGCCCCUGUCGAGCAAGCUGGUCAGACGUCAGAGGAUAGUCCGGUCAUACAUCUUUCGGCGGCUGUGAUAGCUGGUAUAAUGACCGCAACGGGUACAAAUCCAAUAUGGGUUGUCAAAACUCGACUACAGCUGUCUGCCAAGAGAAAGCAGAACGGUCUACCGCCUUCAUCUUCUAUCGUUCCCCCCUCCCCCGCAUCCACCUCAGCUUCACCACUCCCAGGGCCAAUAGCCAAAUCAGCCGCCGCUUUGGCUAAAACCGCUCCUGCUGCCACAUCUGCUGCUGCUACGCCUACGGCUAUGCCUAACGCAUUCUCGAUGACGAUGGACAUAAUACGGAAAGAAGGUAUAACAGGGUUGUAUAGAGGUUUAUCAGCGAGCUAUUUGGGUGUAUCGGAGGGCGUCAUUCAAUGGGUUUUGUAUGAGCGAUUCAAAAGAUUAACAUCCUCAACAUCCUUCGACUCAUCUAACCAGUCUGUCCUAUCAUACAUGGGUUCCAUCGUCGGUGCAUCGGGAGGAGCCAAAGCCGUGGCAUCUCUGAUCACCUACCCUCAUGAAGUGAUCCGAACGAGAUUAAGACAACCUGCCAUCAAUGGAAUAGUGAAAUAUACAGGAUUGGUACAGACGCUUAAAUUGGUCAUCAAGGAAGAAGGUGCCGCGUCGCUCUAUGGUGGAUUGACAGCUCACUUGUUCAGGGUGGUUCCUAAUGCCGCUUGUAUGUUCUUGAUCUAUGAGUUGGUGGCUGGGAAAUUGGGAUCAUAG